GUAUGAAGAGGAGUGUGCAGUACAUUUUUAAAGAAAAAAAAUUCCAGAAACCCUGCCAAAAGAAAUGACAUCACCAAGAAUGAAAAUGGAAUACCCAAAACAGUUCUUUCCUCUUGAGAAAACAUGCCAGUUAUGCAUUGGACAUCCUGCACUUGCAGAGGCAGUACUAGUGACUAAAAAGGCUAGGAUUGUCAGCAUGAUGGGCUUGAUAGACAAUAUUUCAACAUACCACAGUAUAUGUCCACAGUGCAACAUGGAGUAUAGGUAUCAGGAGUGGAAAGAAGGUCUUCACAACUUUGACAACCACAUUUUUCUCACCCUUGAAUUUUGUGUGUUCCUCAGAGAAAAUGUUACAAACCAUGUGUCUGUAUCAAGAGUUGUGGAUUCAUUGGAGGGGUUAAGAGGAGAGAAGUACCCAUCCAGGAAUAUCAUUUUCCAUGCCUAUUGCCACUUUGAGGCUUUGACUGACACUGAGUAUACUUACUCCUGUGUCAAUUGUGGUUUUUACCCACCUGUGGUAGUCAUGGACUUACACAGAAAAGGGGUUUUUAAGCUGGCAGUCAGUGAUCUCAAGGCACCUCCUGAUGACUACAACGGUGAACAUGACAUUGACAGUUAUUGGAAUUCUGUUCAUCUUGCAAUGAUAAGUCAAGGUUUUUUCCAAAGCAGUGCAAACAACCCUUUCACUGUCAGCCCAAGCUAUGAACACUGGGCACCCUGGAUUGGGAGUGAAACGCGAAGUGGCACUGUUCUUAACACUGAGUUCAAAAAAGUGCCAACAUGCUCUUCUUCAACUGAAGCACAGCUGAGCAGUGUUACUGAGGACCAUCUGAUUGAUGAGCUGGCAAAACAAAAGGUUGGAGUUGUGAGAAAAUUGUGCAAAGCCUGCAACAUCGACACCAAGGGCUCCCGCCUUGAUCUCAUAACAAGAUUAAAGGAGAACAUGAAGAGCAGGCAAACUUACGACAAGGUCUUUCAAAGCAUAUGGGGUGCAUCUGGUGGAUGGUCUGUAAUACUUUGCCCACAUGGCAUUGCAUACAGCAUCAAAUUUAACCUGCGUGCAGAAAGUCCCAGGGACUUUGCUGACCUUCUGCUUUCCUGAAAGCACU